AGAAUGAUGCUUCACCGCAGGCUCCUUUUGGCCACUUUAUGCCGGGCUCUGUUCUGUUUCAGACCAUACAGUAUCAUGACGUCUUAAAUACCGCACUUUGUAUGCCUAUCUUGGCCAGGAUGUAUUGUAUAGUAAUGUCAUGACGCACUCCAAAUACCCUCCAGCUUCCAAGAGCUUCACCGCGACCAGAUUCGAGAUGGAGAAUGGAUUCCCCCUGCUCCGGGCUCGUCUCCGGUAUUUCCUUCAGGGAAACGGUGAAAAAAGGGCCUCAAGUCUUAACCACUCGUGUUGAACUAUAAAUACAUUAUUUGGGAAUCCCUUCCCCAGGAUUCAUUAUUCUCUUCUUUGCUGGGAAGGUUGCCUCUUGAGAACUAAAUUUACCCCGGAGUAGGGAUUUUAUUCUACUAGUAUUACCUAGUGUACUCUACUAUAGUACCAUUGAUUCCGUAUACUCCUCAGGUAUCGAGAACCCUACUCGGCACAGGCGUCCAACAUGCAUAUAUUGGUAGUCAACGACGACGGCCCGCCAUCUCGACGCCUCUCUCCAUACAUUCAUCCUCUGGUCAAUGCUCUCCAAGACGCUGGCCACCUUGUCUCCGUAGCCAUCCCAGCAGCUUCCCGAUCAUGGAUCGGAAAAGCACACUUGAUCGAAGCCUCUCUAAAGGCAACCUACGUUCCGCCCGCUGCAUUCCGUAAUGAUGGAACCUGGGACGAGACAUUCGAAUCCUCCUCUACCUCCACCACACCAGAUGAAGAAAGCCAGCGCAAAUCCCCAGACUGGGUGGUGAUAAGAAAUGGCACCCCUGCAAGCUGUGUACAACUAGGGCUCUUCAAUCUUUUCACAGACCGCGACCCCAUUGACCUCGUAAUCUCGGGCCCAAAUCACGGUCGGAACGCAUCGACUAUCUACAACUUAUCUUCCGGUACUGUGGGUGGCGCUCUGGAGGCAGCCACAUGCGGGAAGCGCGGAAUCGCCGUCUCCUUCGGUAGCAAGGACGAACAGCCUAUGGACGUUAUCUGCGCUGCGGCACGGCUUGCCGUGAGAAUCGUCCACCACUUAGUGGAAAAUUGGGACGAGCGAGUGGAGCUCUAUAACCUGAAUAUCCCGAUGCAGUUGGAUGUCGAGACCAGGCCCGUGCUCUAUACUCGUACCUUACCUUAUUAUUGGAACAAGGGAUGCUUGUAUGCUGAGGUUUCGGGGGACAAGGCUCCUCCUGUUCUGAUGAAUGGAGCGACAAAUGGAAUCGCAAACGGCGAAACUAAUGGGGUGUCAAAGACAACACCAAACGGGAUUAACCCUACCCAUUUCCGAGAACGCGAUUUCAAAUGGUCUGCGGAGCUUUCCGAGAUGAAGGCAGCCCUCCAAGCUAGUGAGGAAGGCACGGACGCACACACCGUUUUGAACGGAAGCACGAGUGUGACACCUCUCUGCGCGAACUUCUGGUAUGUCCCCGGACUCGAGGGACCACUUGUGCUUUGAUUAUGAUGAACGUGAACGUGAACGUGAACGUGACCCUGAAAUUGUGAUAAAUAAAUAUUAUAUCCAUUAGAUACAUCCCUAUAUAGAUACCCGCAACGGUUCUCGUUUUGCUUUGCUUUUGGGCUUGCAUUGAAGAGGCGAAUUCACUCAUUGUAUUUGAAUUCUAA